CAUUUUUUUUAAAUUUUCAAAUUUCCUGCCGCCGGCGGCGCCCGUACGUCCCGACGUCACAGGGACCGGAACACAGGAGCCGGAUGCCGGCAUCAGCCGGAGGAGAUGGCCGAGGAUGCUGCAGGGGACACAUCGCGGGAGCGAAGGACAAGGUAAGCUCUGCAGGGACUCCCUAUGCAGCGCCGCAUGGUAAGCCCGAGUGUACAGUAGUUCGGGGUUACCGCUUUUGGUACUGACAUUUUACCUCGAGCUACACUCGGGAAUACCGCCAGGGAGGUUAAAGUUAGAACCUUGUCCUGCGUUCCUGCGAUGU